AUGUCCGGAAAUCAGCUAGUGGAUUCAUGCUUGCUUGUGAAUCGACGAGUGGAGCAAAGACAGGAGCACAGUAUUACACAUACAGAAAUUACGCAACGACGGGUAUUACAAGAACAAGAUCCUGAAAUGCAACAUUAUAAGGGCUCAAGUCAAACAGAAGGUGCAGGAGCUGGCUAUCACGGACAGAGCAAUGGACACACUGAGCAUUCUCCAAAUUCUUCCCAUCAUUCUGUACAUAGCGAAGAUGCACUAGUGUCACGUACUCACAAACAGCAAACAACACAACAUGUAACAACUGUCACAAAAGUUAUACGCGAAGUCCAGCAUUUGGGUGGCGACAGUCAGUCAGUAGACUGCGUGGCCAUGCCUUUGGGACUGUAUCCACAAAAUCAGUAUUUAAAUUAUAACCACAUCGAUCGUCAAUCGCACAGCCACCAACCGCCGCAUUUUGAUCAGUAUCACCCUCACGGUCACAGUCUUGGUCAUCAACAUUACCAGGAGUAUGACACCUAUCCGAGUCAUUAUGUUCCGACUCCUUAUGCAAACGCAUGCGGUCCUUCGUUCAAUAGCGAAUACGGCGAGAGGACAGCGUCACCUCCCAGCCCGAGCGAACACAGCGGAUCACCUUCUCCUUUACCUAUACAACAACCUCCCCAGCCCGCUUUUAUUUCUCCCGGCUACGAUGAAAUGGAUCCGCUUCGUCAAUUAUCUGAUCAUUACCGUGUGACGCCUUCUCCUGGUGCUGUUGUCGAUCGAUAUUCCGACGAUCCAGCUGUCGUUUACGGUUACGUGUCUCCUUCGCCGUACGGCAUUAAUCCUGCGUAUGAUGCUAGACCUGGUCUGUAUGAAGAUUCGUUUAACGUGCCAGUCAUGCUGCCAGGUAGACCGUUUGAAGACGAAGAAGAACUUCAAAAGCAUCUUGCAGUGAUGUCGAUGCGAAACCAUCCCUUAACUCACGUUGCCUCGCCCGGCAGUACGACCGAUGAUCAGCGAGCGAUGCGAUGGCGCGAUCCCAAUCUCACCGAAGUAAUUGGCUUUCUUAAUAAUCCAAAUAACGUUAUCAAAGCGAACGCUGCUGCUUAUCUGCAGCAUUUAUGUUAUAUGGAUGAUCCUAACAAGCAAAAGACUCGGUCACUCGGCGGCAUUCCGCCUCUAGUAAAACUAUUGGGGCAUGAAAGUCCGGAUGUUUUUCGAAAUGCUUGUGGAGCUUUAAGAAAUCUAUCAUAUGGAAGGCAAAACGACGAAAAUAAGCGGGCCAUAAAGAACGCCGGUGGCAUUCCGGCGUUGAUAACAUUAUUACAAAAUACAAAUGAAUCCGAGGUCAAAGAAUUAGUUACCGGUGUUAUAUGGAAUAUGUCUUCAUGUGAAGAUUUAAAACGUGCAAUUAUUGAUGACGGUGUUGGAGUUAUAGUCACACAAAUUAUAAUCCCGCAUUCAGGCUGGGAUGCCAACAACGCUGGUGAAACAUGUUGGUCCACAGUUUUUCGAAACGCAUCUGGUGUCUUAAGAAAUGUUAGUUCUGCAGGUGAAUAUGCAAGAACAAAAUUAAGAGAAUGUGAAGGAUUGGUGGACGCUCUAUUAUAUGUGGUAAAAUCUGCUAUAGAUAAAUCAAAUAUUGGAAAUAAAAUAGUUGAAAACUGUGUUUGUAUAUUGAGGAAUUUAUCAUAUCGAUGUCAGGAAGUAGAAGAUCCUAAUUAUGAUAAGCAUCCCUUGCCCACUCAAAAUCGUGUUGCAGCUAGUCCAAAAGGUGAUAAUCUGGGAUGUUUUGGAGCAAGCAAGAAAAAGAAAGAUUCACUUAAUAUGGACCAAAAAGAUAGCAGUAAUGUUAGCAGUGGUACUACCAGCCGAUCAUCAAUGCAACAUAUUGCAAAAGGCUAUGAAAUAUUGUGGCAACCUGAUGUUGUGCUGUCUUAUUUGUCAUUGCUUCAGAGUUGUUCUAACCCAGAAACACUCGAAGCCGCAGCUGGCGCAUUACAAAAUUUGGCAGCAUGCUAUUGGCAGCCCAGUAUCGAUAUUAGAGCAGCAGUUCGAAAAGAAAAAGGUUUACCUAUUCUUGUCGAGUUGUUGCGUAUGGAAGUAGACCGCGUCGUAUGCGCUGUUGCUACAGCACUCAGAAAUUUAGCAAUAGAUCAACGGAAUAAAGAAUUGGUUGGAAAAUAUGCUAUGCGUGAUUUGAUUCAAAAGCUUCCUUCAAAUAAUCCUCAGCAUGACCAAGGUACAUCUGAUGAUACCAUCGCUGCUGUUUUGGCUACUCUUAAUGAAGUUAUCAAGAAAAAUGCUGAAUUUUCUCGAUCUUUGUUGGAAGCCGGAGGUGUUGAGAGACUAAUGAACAUCACUAGGCAAAGACAAAAGUAUACGCCACGCGUUUUGAAGUUUGCAAGUCAGGUUCUGUUCACAAUGUGGCAGCAUCAGGAACUGAGGGAUGUUUAUAAAAAACAUGGAUGGAAAGAGCAAGAUUUUGUGACAAAAACAGUUGCUGCACGUAAUGUUGGUCCAAAUUCUCCAAAUAAUGGCAAUAGCACUCUUAAUAGGCCUAUGGCUUCACAGAGUGGCACGAGGUAUGAGGAUCGUACAAUAAAACGAAAUCCAGCACCGGUGCGAAAUCCUGUGUCACAGGCUUCUGUUAUGUCCUCCACACAAGCAGCACAAGGACCUUUCUAUCAGCGGGCCGACGACAUCGCUUUGUCGGACUUAACUUAUGCGGAGCAGCCGUCAAACGCUGCGUCUCCCGCAGGAGCAGUACGCAUUUACCCACCUGGGGCUACCACCAACAAUCCUUCUGUAAGUCAUUAAAUUACACACAAUCGCCAUUAAUAAUUGUUCGUUAAUCAUUCACAGAAUUAUUAUAAUAGUAUUACACUUCAAAUAGUGAUUUAUUUCUCUACAUACCACUAUUAUCGAGGUGAAUGUGCAUAAUAAUAUAUUACUUAAGUGGUAGAACUUUAACAUUUAGAUUGAUAUUAAAAUGAUUUAAAGUUAAAUGUGGCAAAUUGAUGAAUAUUAUAGGAGUUUAUAGCUAAGCACUUCAUUAAAAAUGUCACUAAAACUCAAA